CAAAAUAAAAAAAGUCUAUGGUCUACUGUAAUCUGUGGUGUUGAUGGUGUGUUAAAAUUUUUAUUUUAUUGGUGAAAAUGUUGGCUUUGGCUACCAUAUUUUUUCUAUUUGUGUGACACGAAGCCGUUUUCAUUACUAAAUAAAAUAUUCCAGCGGACCAAAAUUACAACCAUUUUAGUCGUAUCUGGGCUAGUUGCCACUAAGAAGUAAUCAUGGCCGACCCGUUGAGUUUACUUCGGCAGUAUAAUGUAAAUAAAAAAGAAAUUGUUGAACGGGACAAUCAAAUUAUAUUCGGCGAAUUUUCAUGGCCCAAAAAUGUUAAGACCAACUAUCUCAUGUGGGGCUCCGGCAAAGAAGGCGGUCUCAAAGAAUAUUAUACAUUGGAAUGUUUACUGUUUAUACUUAAAAACAUACACUUAACUCAUCCAGUGUAUGUCAGACAGGCAGCAGCUGCAAACAUUCCGGCUGUCCGUCGCCCGGAUCGUAAAGAACUAUUGGCGUAUUUGAAUGGCGAAACUGCCACUUGUGCCUCUAUUGACAAAAGUGCUCCAUUAGAAAUACCCACACAGGUAAAACGUACACAUGAUCAAGAUGGAGGUGAAUCUGCAGCAAAAAAACCUCGUAUUGAGGAGACUCAUGUACAAAAAGUGCGUGAACAACUUGCUGCUCGACUCGAUGCACCAAAGGAAGCAUCUGUCACUGUGGAUAAUAUUAAGUCAUUGUCAGAGGCUAUGUCAGUCGAGAAGAUUGCUGCAAUUAAAGCCAAGCGUCUGGCAAAAAAAAGAACCACUAUCAAAAGUAAUGAUUAUUCAGACACAUUGGGUGUUGUGGGAUCUGACUUAAGAGCAAUAUUGGACUAUGAUGUGGAUCUUACUAAAGAUAUUAUCAGCCGAGAGAGACAGUGGAGAACCAGGACUACAGUAUUACAAAGUAAUGGAAAAAUGUUUGCCAAGAGCAUAUUGGCUCUUCUAGGCAGUAUUAGAGCAAGGGAGGAGGGCAGGCCAGGCUUGCCAAGACCUCAGCCCAUAGUUAUGCCACAACCCACCGUUUUACCAGCACAACAGACACAAUACAACAGAUAUGACCAGGAAAGAUUUAUUAGACAGAAAGAAGAAACGGAGGGCUUCAAAAUCGACACUAUGGGCACAUAUCACGGCAUGACACUUAAGUCAGUGACAGAGGGGCCGAGCGUGCCGGUAGCCGCCCGGGCUCCUCAGACGCCAAAUCAUCCACGACAAAUGCCACGUAAGUUUUCAGCUAUAUAUUCCGUGUCCUAUUUUAGGUAAUAAGUUUAAGAAUAU